AUGCAAAGAAUGACUAAACGGGAGUUCAACGCCCUUAUCACUGGUCUAUCUAUCGCACUUAGUAUCACUGUCGUCAAAGGGCUGAACGAUUUUGUUGCCACUUUCCGAUGGUGGAUAUUGAGUCGGCAUCACCAUUCGUUACGGAAGGUCGAUCUGAUUUUGCAGGCAGAGAGCGUCAGCCGCGUAAUAAUGCUAGCUGCAAGGACAAGCCGCUUGAAACUUCACGUCGCUGCAAGCCUGUGGCUAGGGUUGACUCUUGCAGCACAAGUGGCUCUGGCUCUCCUGGGUCUCUGUUACUCGGUUGAGGAGCAAACUUCAGUAGCUCUCGUCGUUACGGCGGGUAAGGUUAUGAUACCAGAUAUGUCUAGCAUUGAGACAACAAGAAUCGUUAGGAGUGGUCCUGAUUCCGUUGAGGCUCAGGAAUAUACUGCGAACACCUAUGGACAGGUAUCUCUCGCCUUCAACACAAGUACGCGUGAUCAAGUCCCGAAUCCUGGGACGUUGUGGACAGCAUCCGACCCACUCAUGUUCUGCGAUGAACAUCUCUGCGAGUACAUAUUCCACGAGAAGUCUGUUGACGGCGCCAAUAAAAACGAAAGUGACGAUGAUGAUGACGACGAUGAUGGACAUUCAAAGACGCUGGUAGUAACUACCAAUCGAAGCAUUUUGUCUGCAGCACUUUGUGACAGCUGGCGCGUGUUGGAUGGUGCCAAUGGGAAUGAUACACGCAUCACUUUGGAUACCAAACCGGGCAGUGCUUCCAACGUCAAGGAAGUAGCCAUUCCCGUGCGAGGCGGAGUCAACCAGACGACUUAUAUGACCGACAACACCGAGAACUGCGGAUCUGGCUGUAGAAUUGUCACCGCCUUCGAGGUGGCAGAUACAGCAUCAUGGUAUUACAGCUGCAACGUAACCGUCAGCGCGGUAGGUAAUGUCACAUUGCCCGAACACGAAGUUUCCGAGAGCCUUAGGUCAAUGGCUGCCGCGUCAAUCGCUCUACAAGGAAGUGCGGUAUUAUCUCUCGACGACGACAACCUGCAAUAUCAAAUUUACCCCUCCGAGUCUGUCUUCGGUCUACCCACUAAGGGAUUUAAUUCCUCGAUGGCAAUGACCAUGGCGCGAUUUGCCAUUGGAACUCUUGCAGUCACCGCACAUUCCAACGACCCUAUGAUUGUCGACGGCUUUCCUCCUGUGCAAGGCUCUCAUGUUGUGGUGGAUCAUUGGGACUAUGCUAGCCUUAUAUUGAUGUCGGUCGUGCUGGCGCAGCUGAUAUUAGGGCUUGCAACAGCCAUCAUCGCUAGCCGCGUCGUAAUACCGGAGGGAGGGCCGAUCGCCAUGGCACAAGUUCUACGACUUGUUGCGGAUCGUGUUCAAGAUAUCGAUGAGAACAACUCAGUGGUUGAAGGGAAGGACGGAAAGCAAACGGGUCUUUGGAUAUAUAGGGCUGUUAAAACGGCAGAUAGGGGCAUUUAUGAUCUUUUUAUGGAAGAAAAGGCCACUGAGCAGAGCGACGCGGAAGGGAUAGAGAUGUUCUAG